AUUCACCUGUGACAUCAAGUUCAAGAUCACCGCCCACACGUCACUUUGUUUACUCCUCGUCAGCUGUCUUGCACGUGUGUCCUCGGCUGGCCCACGUCCAUUAUAGUGAAGAAUUGUCUUAUAUAUUGAAGCAGUGGUGUCCUGUGUGCCCCUGCGAGGAGGAGGGAAUCUUCUGUUGUCCUGACUUGGUGCAGCGGAGGCGGAGGACGCAUUGCACCACCUUCACCACCACUGAGCAAGAAGAGAGCCACCACCACCACUAUGGCGGCCACCUUCACCUGCCUGUCGUGCCACGUGGCCUUCGCCGAGGCUGAGGGCCAGCGGGACCACUUCAGGUCAGACUGGCACCGCUACAACCUGAUGAGGAAGAUGGCCGAGCUUCCGCCGGUGUCCCGUGAGACCUAUAAUGAGAGGGUUGGGCAGCAGCAGCAGCAGACUCAGCAACAGCAGGCAGGCAAGGCGGAGGACGGUUCCAAGAGUAAGAUUCCGUGCCGGCCGUGCAAGAAGACCUUCGCCAACCAGAACGCUUACGACAACCACAUCAAGUCUAAGAAGCACAUGGAGGUGGUGGUGGCCAACUUUGAGGAAUCCAAUAAUAAGAAGAACCGCAAGCACCAGAGGAAAGUGUCGGCGCCGGUGGAGGAGGAAGACUCCGAGGACGAUGAUGAUGAUGAAGACGUUGAGGUGGAAGAGGUGGACAGCGACGAGUGGGAGGGCGACGCGGUGGAGCUCCUUGACUGCCUGUUCUGCCCACACCACGCCGAGACUGUGGAGGACGAGCUUCACCACAUGAUGGAGGUGCACUCAUUCUUCAUCCCCGACCUGGAGUUCUGCGUCGAUGUGCCAGGACUUGUCACCUACCUGGGCGAGAAGAUCGGGUGUGGGUUUGAGUGUCUGUCAUGCAAGUGGUCGGCCAAGCGAUGUCCGACGCUUGACUCUGUGCGCAAACACAUGAAUGACAAGCGCCACGGCAAGAUGGUGCUGGAGGGCGACAGUCUGGUGGAGUUUGCCGAGUUUUAUGACUACUCUGCCUCCUACCCCGAUGCAGGCGAGGAGGUGUCCCCCGACGAUGAGGUGAAGGACACAGUGCUCUCCGGAGACAGCUACCAGUUGGUGCUGCCCUCGGGAGCCACCGUGGGCCACCGCUCCCUGGCCAGAUAUUACCGGCAAAAGCUGGAUCCCAACCGCAGCAGUGCCGUUGUGCUGAAGCGGAAGCCGGGCGUCGCCUUCCACAGCGUGAUGGCCAGGUACAAGAUGCUGGGCUGGACCGGCGCCACCAGGACGGACGUGGUCAGGAAACACCGCGACCUCAAGUUCAUGACACAGGUCCAGAAGAGGCAGUGGGUCAAGAUGGGCACCAAGGCCAACAAGCUGUUCGUGCCGCGCAUCCAGAACCCAAUAUAAGCAACCAAUUUCCACACCUUGUUUUCCUGUGUGAGGAUGGAAUGGUGCGGAGGUGUGUUAAUGCCACAGCACAGACCGGUCAGCUGUCAGCAAGAUGAGCUUGUGCUGUGAAAGUAUUCCUAAGCCAGAUAUUUUUUUUUACAUGGAGCUCAAAUAAUGAAACAGUUUCUCUAAGUUGCAGAAAACAUGUGAUUUUUUUUUAUUCAUGGGAGACUUGUGGCAUUAGUCAGGGUUUUGGGAUACAAUACCUUUUAUUGCUAAGAGGUAUAAAUAUUUCUAUCUAAUGGCAUCACAUAUAUAUAAAGACAAAAAAAAUAAAAAAUAUUGCAGAGUUCAGUCAACCUAAAAUCUAUGUAGUACAUGUUGAUGGUGGUGUAUGUCAUUAUUGUCUGUGUGCAUCACUCGGCCAGAAUCAACCGCUUUGAGAUUCAGGGCUACAGCGGCGGGUGACUGAGAUAAAUACAUCGUUUCUGGCUGUGCCUUGCAGGGAUGCACCGAGGGGAACUGAUAAGAAACUGCCAUGUACACAGAACAGUAAUUUACAGGAACAAUCUGUUAGACUUUGCAUUGUAUAUACACAAAUGUGCAAUACACACACACACACACACAUACACACACACAGCAUCAGGCCACACCCGUGUAGGCUUCAUUACUGUUAUUUUGAGAAAAAUCCUAAAAAUGGUGUAUCCCGACCUUCAUUUCAGUCAAGUCCAGUGACAGCUGUGGUGCAGUGGUCAGUGUGCCAAGCUAUGACCACAAGCCUUGGUUUUAAUCCCGGCGUGGGCAGUCCAUGCAGUUUACCCCGCUGUUCAUGAUUCCUUUUGGGCUGGUUGAUAAAUAGCAUAGCUGGGCACGAUAACAGAAAAUCUUAUUCCCGAUAACCGACAACUGAUGAUGGAAAACCUUAUCGGUGAUAACCAAUCUUCGUUAACUAGAGACACAAAUAUAGGAGAUAGACCUUCAUCACCAUGGCAUGCUCACAAACGAAUAUGGAAUAUCAAAUUUGAGGCAGUGAAUAAUCAUAAAAAAAAAUAACCUAAUGUUUUAAUGUUGAUGAUCUAAGUAUGAAAUAUCUUCACUGAAGAUAUUUCAUACCCCCAGUUUUUUUCAUACAACACUGGGCGCCCGGGCCACACAUGCGCAGUUGGGAGGAGACAACGUUUUUUUUUUUCUGAGGCGGAAAAAAGUAGCAAUUAUCGCUAGUUUGGUUACAAAAGUAACGAAGAUACCGAUAUAUAUUUAAAUAGGUAGCGGAUGACCGAUAACCCGAUUUUGUUAUCAGCAAUAACUCCCAGCUAUAAUAAAUAGGUACCUGGGGAAACCCAGAGAAGAUAAACUGUGGUACCCUGGAUGUCACACUGGCCGUGUGUCCCGGAGUGAUGGGUUCUUACCCACCACAGACUCAAGGGCCAAUGUGACAGUACCGAGGCCAAGCACAGUUGUAGCACACGCCCCCAACCUUACAUUUACCUUACUAUUUCAAAAAAAUACGAAGGUAAGGGCAAUUGGGAGCCAACACUAUAGCUGCAAGUGACCUUGGUGCUCAGAUGCACACCAUUAACCCUUGCGCCUGUGGUGGAAGAGAACCCAUCACCCCAGGACACAGGGUCAGGGCAACAUCUGGGUUAUCACAGUUUACCUUCCCCAGGUCAACCUGCCUGAAAGGGAAGAUGAACACCAGCAGGUGGGCUGCACUAUGACUGCCCAGGCAGAGAUUUAUAGUUAGGCACGGUAACCACUGCACCAUAUAUAUAUAUAUUACAUUUGGCCUAUAGUGCCGGUAGGCUUUCAUGGUGGGACAUGUUGGUCAGCCCCAGCCUGUUUGUGGUGCAGGCUGGCAGUUGGCCACUCAGCUAUGUAUAGAUAUAGACACAGGUGUUAGGUGAGUGGUCAGCAUGUGAGUGCAGUGUCCUGGAGGACCCAGGUUCAAUUUUAUAUAUUAAGGCUACAUAAGAUGUAACUAUGCUAGCAUUGUAUGAAAUGUAGAAGCACAAUGAAAACUUACUUUCCUACACUGGAAGACAAAAGACUAAUACGGAAAAUGAAGCGAGUCACCUCACUCUUCCCACUGACUAAGAAUUUUGACUUUCAAUGACAAACCUGCACUUGUACCAGUCACUCAAGUCAUAUGCACACACACACACACACACACCAAGGCACCAGGUGAUAUAGUCUGGCAGUAGUAAGUUAAGAGCAUGUAAACCUUGUUAAAUACUUUUGUGAAGAUGAAAUAAAAAUGCCUAUUUUUAA